UUGGCAUCACAAUCUCACCUGAAAGAGAAUGGUUCCCCAAAAUUAAAAGAGAAAAAUGCCACCAAUUCUUCAAAAGACACUAACUCUGUUAGUAAUAGUUCCAAUAAGAAACUUAUCACCAAUUCUUCAAAAGUAACAAACUCUGUUAGUUCUGAUAAGAAAAUCAUGCCUCUGUGUUCAGGUUCCAAAACAUUGGCAUCACAAUCUCAUCUCAAAGAGAAUGGUUCACCAUCUUUGGCCAGCUUCCUUUCCAAAAAAAGGAAGUUGGAAAAGGAGUGCGGCCCUGAAUUGUUAAAAGACUUGCAUCCCAAUAAAAUGGCUAAAGUUGCUGCUGGCAGUGAUGAAGAUAAUGGUGACGCUGAUAAUUUCAAAGUGGCCGAUGCCAAAAGUUGUCAAAAUUCUUCCAUUAAAGAAACUAAAUCAAAGUCCAAAAGUCUAAAAUCACUGCAGAAAAGUAAAUAUUUCCAGAAGAAAGAUGACAAAAUGACAGCAUUGGCCCAGCCUCGAAUUCUCAGUCAAACAAAAUGGACACCCCCAAAAUCGCCAUUCUGCCUUGUCCAAGAAAGUCUCUUCCAUGACCCAUGGAAAUUAUUGAUUGCUACGAUAUUUCUUAAUAAAACUACAGGCAAAGCUGCGAUUCCUUUGUUGUGGAAAUUCUUUGAUCUCUACCCUGAUGCUGAUAGCGCAAGAAAAGCUGAUUGGCAAGAAAUAGCACGUUUGAUAACUCCACUUGGUCUUAAUGAAAAACGCUCCAAGAUAAUCAUCCGAUUUUCAGAGGAAUAUCUGCUGAAGAACUGGAAAUAUCCUGAUGAGUUGUAUGGUAUCGGAAAAUAUGGCAAAGAUUCUUACAGAAUAUUUUGUAUCAAUGAAUGGAAACAGGUGAUACCUACUGACCAUAAACUCAACAACUACUAUAAAUGGUUAUGGGACAAUCAUGAACGACUUGGAAUCUAAACGUACAUCCAAAAUACCUCCAUGUCUCCAGAAUAUCGGAAUUUGAAUUUUCACUUGGCAGGAGUAAUACAACCCACCCCUCUGUGUCCUCCAUGUCGACUUUCAGCUUGGCUUUCUAGGAAUUUUGUGAUAUAAUAAUAAUAAGGAUAAUGAUGAUAAUGAUUUUGAUUCUACCUCCAUGCUAAUGCUACAUGUUAGGUCAUGUGUAGCUAAAACCUCCAUGCUAAUGCUACAAGUUAGGUCAUGUGUAGCUAACUGGAAGGCUGUUGAGUUUUAAGUUUUGGAGUGGUGUUGGCAUGGUGUGUCUACCAGAAGUGUGUAAUAUGGUGGGGACUUGUGCACUGGUUGUGUGAUGUGUUUGUAUAUGUGCGUGAGUGUGUGUGUGUGUGUGUACUUUUAUUAGAGCUGCAAAAUUUUCAUGCAACUGUUACUCAGAGUUUUGUGUUCCCAUUUGUCAGGCAGUUGUGAUGGAUACUCAAUUAAAAUCAUGCUUGUAAUUUAGUAUUCUGAUGAAAUGGGAACGUGAAACUCUGAGUAACAGUUUUGUGAAAAUUUUGCAGCUUUAAUAAAAGGAUAUUACUCUACCUUUGGUAUUCAAGUACUUUUUUUCCCACCUACUUUUGCAUUUAUGUGCUUACUUGUGUGUGUGUGUGUUUAAUCAUUUUUCAUAAAACUAAAACAACAUAAGUUAUAAGAAAUAAUACAAUUUGAUGUUUUGUCCUUUUAUUUUGUAUUUCAAUAUUUUGAGGUUAAGAGCCCUUCUUCAAGAAAUCUUUGGAGAAAUGGUGUUGGAGCUGACUUCUCCAAAGAGGGGGUCCUAAUUCUGGAAUAUUGACAUCCAAGAUAAAAGUGCAUUUAAAAGACUGAUAUUAUUUCUUGUAACUUGUAUUAUUUUGGCUUUAUAAAAAAAAUUAAGAACAUUUAUAUAUAUAUCAGACAAUGCUUCAUGUAAACUAUAUAUAUAACCGGACUAUCUCUCUCACGUAUGCACAUUUUAUCUAUGCACUUUUGUAAACAUUAAAUACACUUUCUUUUCACUAUUUUUUUUUUACAUUCGGAAAACGUAUAUCAAUAUCAUCAUCAUCAUGAUCGUUAUUAUCGACUAUUGUCUUUCAUUUAUUUAAUAAAUAAAAAAUAUAAAAAUCACA